UCGUCUUCCUCCUCGCUUUUGUUUUGUCCCGUGCGGGCGAGUGAUGCUUCCCGGUUCCCACCACCACCGCCAUCCAUGUGGCGCAUCUCCGCUUGCUUUAUAUAGCCCCCGCGCGGCCACCUCUCCUCCGCCUUCGUCUUCCACACACGCCAUUCUCGCCCUCUCUUCGCGAUCGUGGGCUUUAGUAUGGCUGUGCAUGCGCACUAUGGUGGUGGAGGGAUGGGGAUGGCUGGGGUGGUUGUUCCGCAGGCGAUGUGCUUGCCGCGCGGGUUGGAGGUUGAUCUGGCGGUGGAGGCGCAGGAGUUCGGCGGGAUGUUCUGCGGUGUGGGUGGUUAUGCCGCUGGUGGGUAUGACUGCGCCGCCGCGGUGGUGAGCGGCGCGGCGCAGAGCGAGCUGACAUGUAACAACGGUGGCAGUGGUGGUGGGGUGGUGAUGUCGAGGAAGAGGGAGAGGGAGAUGGUGGAGCAGUAUGUGGCGUCGUCGGCGGCGCUGCUGCCGAUUCCGGGGAUGACGAAGGCGGCGGCGGUUGCGCCGGUGUGUCGGGUUGUGGAGUCGGCGAUGACGUCGACGAGCGGGCGGCCGGCGGCGGCGGUGGGGGAUGCGCUGGUGACGGAGCUGUGCCUGCAGAGCGCGGAGAUCGACGCGGUGGUGCGGAUGGAGUGCGAGCGGAUGAGCGCCGGGCUGGAGCAGGCGCGGAAGCGGCAGUGCCAGGCGCUGGUCCGCGCGGCGUCGGCGUCUGUGGCGCGGCGGCUGCGGGAGAAGGAAGCGGAGCUGGAGGCCGCGCGCCGCCGCGCGGCCGAGCUAGAGGAGCGGCUCCGGCAGGCGGCGGCGGAGAGCCAGGCGUGGUGCGGGCUUGCCCGCAGCAACGAGGCCGUCGCGGCGGGCCUCCGCGCCACGCUCGACCACCUCCUCCGCGCGGCGCCGGCCCCGGCCGCCGAGGGAUUCGGCGACUCCGGCCCCCUCGCCGCCGCGGCCGCGGCCGACGACGCCCAGUCCUGCUGCUUCGAGACAACAAACCCCCACGGCGCCACCGCCCCAGGCGACGACGCCGCCACCUCCCCGGCCGCCGGCGGCAAGUGGUCCUGCAAGUCGUGCUCCGAGCGCGACGCCACCGUGCUGCUCCUCCCCUGCCGCCACCUCUGCCUCUGCAAGGCGUGCGAGCCCAGGCUGGAUGCCUGCCCCGUCUGCCUCGCCCCCAAGAACGCCUCCGUCCACAUCGCCACCAACUGACUCCGCUCCAGAUGAGUAAUUAGCCAGGAGAUUAGUUUAGGCAAUUAGGAGAAAUGAUCCAGUUCGUUCUGUUCUUUUGGUGAAAAAAAAGGAGAGAAAUUAGUAGUAUAUGGUUCUAAUUCCAUUGGGGUUUUUUGUGUUCAUAUCCUCUGCUGUAAAAUUACCGCCCAGUGGAAAUUUUCAUCACCAUCACUUCUCGGUCAAGGAAAUUACACUUAGUAGAA